AUGAAUUUAAAGCAAUACAGAAAAGAAUACAAGGAGUCAAUAACCAAUACUGAGAAGUUCUGGAGUAAAAAGGCAACAAAAAUACUGUCAUGGUCCAAGCCUUUUACUAAAAUUCAUAACAAAAAAUUUGGUUCUGACAAGUGGUUUGAGGACGGAAAGCUAAACGCUUGUUACAACUGUAUAGACAGGUGGGUAUCUGUGUUUCCAGACAAGAUGGCUUUGAUUUUUGAUUCAAACGAUGGUGAAUCUACCAAAUUUACAUACAAGCAAACCCUUGAAAGAGUUUGUGAAAUUUCCAAUCAAUUAAAACAUCUAAAGAAAGGCGACUGUGUAACUUUGUAUUUACCCAUGGGUCCUGAAGCUGUAUUCUGUGCAUUGGCUUGUGCAAGACUAGGUUUAACUCACAAUGCAGUAUUCGGUGGGUUUUCACCUGACAGUUUGAGACUAAGAAUAGAUGACAGUAAGUCGAAAAUGUUGAUAACUCAAGACUUUGCUAUGCGUGGAGAAAAAAGAAUCAAUUUUUUAGAGAACGUAGUGAAAGCUGUUCAAAAUUUAAACAUUGAGGGUAUAGUAUUUGACAAACACUGUGAAGAGACUUCUGAUGCUCUUCAGUGGUAUAACACUCUCAAAAACUUUAAGAAAUGGUCUCAACUUGAACAUUGCAAGGAUUUUGUGCCUUGUUUGAAUGUAGAAGCUGAGCAUUCGUUAUUUUGUCUUUACACCUCAGGUUCUACAGGCAUGCCCAAGGGUCUUAUACAUUCCACUGGUGGAUACUUGCUAUAUGCUGCUUACACCCUAAAAACCGCCUUUGACAUUCGAGAAAACGAUAUCUUUUGUUGCACAGCUGAUAUAGGAUGGAUUACUGGUCAUAGCUAUUGUAUUUACGGUCCUCUCUGUUUAGGUAUUACUUCCGUUAUAGUUGAAGGUGUUCCAACUUAUCCUACCUAUUAUCGAUUUUUCGAUAUUGUACAUAAAUAUAAACUAACUCAACUUUAUACUGCACCAACCGCAGUCAGACUAUUGAAGAAAUACUUUGAUACAAAUCCACUUGAUACAUCUUCAUAUGAUCUCACUUCACUUAGGUGUCUAGGCUCAGUCGGAGAGCCAAUCAACAAGGAAGCUCACAAAUUUUUCUCCGAAAGUUUUGGUAACUUGCACAUAGUUGAUACGUAUUGGCAAACUGAGACUGGUGGAUUUUUGAUCGCACCAAUUGUUGGAGUGAAGAAGGUAAAACCCGAGUGUGCAUCUUUACCUAUGCCUGGCAUUGUUCCUAUAAUCACUUGUGAUGGUUCAAUUGCUCCUACUGCUACCUUGAAAGCUGUGCUUAUGAACAAAGUAAAUGAACUAGGCCAAAUUUAUAUUACUAGGUCUUGGCCAGGCAUUGCAAGAGGAAUUCUUAACAACAGAAAGCGCUAUGAAACUGCAUAUUUUUCAACACCUUUUUAUUUCACUGGCGAUGAAGGUCUUAUAGAUCAAGAUGGUGAUUUUUGGAUUCGUGGAAGAGCUGAUGAUGUUAUAAACGUGUCAGGGCAUAGAAUUAGUACAGCUGAAGUUGAGAGUGUAGCAUGUACCAAUGAAAAUGUCGCUGAAGCAGCUGUUGUUUCUGUUUCUCAUGAAAUUAAAGGCCAAUCUAUGAUCCUUUUUGUUGUUUUGAAGAAAGAUGAUCCAGAUUACGAAAACAGCGUGAAAGAAACGGUUGCAACAUCGAUUGGUGGGUUUUGCAGACCUGAUAAGGUGAUUGAAUGCCCAGGAAUUCCUAAAACUGCCACGGGUAAAAUUAUGAGAAGAGUUUUGAGAAGUUUGUUAACGAAUUCAGAGAUAGGAGAUCUGUCUACCUGCAUCAAUAUUGAAUCAAUUGAGAAGCUUAAACAAAUUAUGUUGAGCGCAGCGGUUGUUAAGCAGAUUGAUUAA